AUGUUUCUUGAUGUCGGACAUUUUUUACCGUGUUUUCUUUGCAAAGCAGUACCACCAUUAGAAGAACAACCAAAUAAGAUAUCUAGUGGAAGCACAUCUGGUAGUGCAGACAAGGUAAAUGGCCUUUUUUUGGAAUUACUUUUCAACAUUCUAAAAUAUUUCUUCACAUCAAUAGAUGGUAAUAAUUUGUUUAUUGACUGUGCAAAAAGAAUUGUGUUUCAGGUACUGGCUAAGAAGAAAUCUUCAAAGAAAAAAGAAAAUGAUGCCGAGAAGAAAAAAAAGAAAGAAGUUAAGAGAAAGGUGGAUAAGGAGAGCAAGCAAAAGGUUAAGAAGAAAAGUAAAAUUGAACCAAAGUUAAAGUCAAAAUCCGAGAAAUUUGAUGAACAUAAAACGUCCAUCACAUCCACCGGAACGACAUCAAAGAAAAAGAAGAAGAAGGGAAAAAGGAUAAAGGAAAAUUAUCAAGAGAAAUCGGAUGAACAAGCAAUCACAGCUAUUGGAAUGACAAAAUCUAUGAAAGAGAUGAAAGAAAAAACGAUAAAGGAUUACAAUAAAGAUUAUGGAAAAUCUGAAAAACUAUCAGUCACCUCUGAAGAAUCAUCGAAUGCUACAGUUAAAACUGUAUCACCUAAAAAGGAGGAAAAAGAUAGAAGGAAGAUGGAAGAAUAUAAUAAAUGCUAUGAAAAAUCUGAUAAGCUAUCAGUCACUUCUGAAGAAUCAUCAGCCGGUACAGCCAGACUAUUAUCACCUAAAAUAUGGCAAAAAGAUAUGGAGGAUUACAAUAAAAAUUAUGAAAGUAAAUGUUUAUUGUUUAUUUAUUCAUCUAUAUUUAUAACUUCAUCAAUUGCUUAA